CUGACAUCCAGCCACCUUCCCUUCUUCUCUGCACUGCCACUGCAUGCUAUUUAUUCUGUGCUUCGAUUUGGUUUGUUAUCCAGACAUCCAGUGAGUCAUACAUCGAUCGACAUGCCGCGCAGCGACGGCGUGCAUCAGCCGUCCUGCGUCACGGUGCCGCUGGGCAAGUCGGUGCGGCGCGCGCUCCGGGCCGCCAUCGGCAUGCCGAAGAAGAAGAAGAAGAAUCCGCCGCCGCCGCCGCUUGGCGUGUCAAUGGAGCUGAGCAGCUCGUCGUCGGUGGCGGCGAGGAAGGAGGCGGUGGUGCGAGUGGUGAUGCGGGGCGGCGUGGUGGAGGUGUACCCGAGCGUUGUGCUGGCCUGCACCGUCAUCCGGAACCACCCGCCGGGGCUCUGCCUCGCGCACCCGGACGUGUUCCGCAACCCGCACGGCGCCGUCGUCCGCCCGCUCGAGCCGCUCUUCCCGGGCCAGAAGUUCCUGCUGCUCCCCGAGAGCACCGUCGUCAGGCUGAAGCAGAAGAUCCCCGAGAGCUCAAUCGGCGCCUUCGCUGACGACGACGUGGAGGAGGACGACGACGACGAAGAAGAAGAAGAAGGCGACGGCGCGGCGGUGGUGUCGUCGUCGGAAGGCGAGGCGGCCGCGGAGGGUGACGGUACUACUAGUACUACUACCUCCAUGCCGUCGUGCAGCGCGAGGGAAUACUUCGUGUCCAGGGACCGGUGGUCCGAGUGCCGCUCCAGGGAGCUAGUGCCAGUGGAACAGGGGCUCGCCAUGGAGCCGAGGCCGAGCAAAGACGACGAUGAGCCGGCCGAGAGAAAGCAGGAGAAGACAAGGACAAAGAAGGGGAACAAGAAGAAGAGGCGGAAAGGGAGGCGGCGGAGAGACCGUAGUAGCCCGGUGCCCCAGCUGCCGAUGGAGCUCAUCAGGGGAGUCGGGAGGACGUGGGAGCCCAGCCUGCCGUCGGUGGAGGAGGAGCAGGAGGAGGCCGCCGCCGUCGUAAUUGUUUCUCCUCUCCACCCUCCGCCGUCGGAUGCCACAGCCCACAACACAAGAUCAUGAGCACGGUGGUGGAGAUUUGUGUGCAGUUCAAAACGGCCGGCCGAUCAGAAGCUGCACUGUUAAUUUCUUUUUUCUUACGGUGGUCAGACGCAUAGAAGAUGUGUGAACCUUCAGCUUUGUUGUGAUCGGAGAUGAU